GGGACCCAUUCAAUCUUCGAAGAAAGUCCCCAGCCUCGCAACUCUUUCGGUCGACAUCCAACUCCAGCAUACACCAAGAAUCACCCUCGACUCGCGCUACGAAUAAUCCCCUAUUAUCGAUCGAUACAAAUACUACACAUAGUCCACAUGGUGCGCAUACAAUAGCGCCCACGAUGUCUGGAUAUGGCAUUCCCCAUGUAGGCGCGGCUUCACAUAGCGUUGAGGGGUGGCAAAGUUCAGGGCGAUCACGCUUCCAGCACAGCAAUCACAGCGACUCGAGCACCAAUCCGGGCUUGAGCGAAAAAGUGGGAGAUACAAUUGGGGGUAUGUUCCGUGACGGGAGGAAGGAAAGUCUGCCCAUGUACAAAGAUAAACCGAGCAACUUCUAUGGGGCUGGUGGGAGGAAUGCGAGGCAGUGGAUGAGGAGAAAGAGGACACUGGGGGGAGUGUUGGGUGUCUUUGCGCUGUUGAGCUGGUGGUUUGGGAUCCUGAGUCCAUUGUCUUGGAUCACUGGCGGGAGUGAAGAGAAGUCGACUACGUCUACGUCAAGUAAAACGAAAGGAUGGGGACUAUUCAGCGGAGCUGAGCCUGUCAACUGGGACGAUAGGGCGCAAAGAGUAAAGGAGGCAUUUCAGAUUAGUUGGUCUGGGUAUGAAAAGUAUGGCUGGGGGUACGACGAAUAUCAUCCUGUCAGCCAUACUGGGAAAUUCAUGACACCCAAGGGGUUGGGCUGGAUCAUCGUUGAUGCUUUGGACACUAUGAUGAUCAUGAAUUUGACGACAGAACUCACACAUGCGAGACAGUGGAUUUACUCAAACUUGACCUAUGAUCAGGAUCACGAUGUCAACACUUUUGAGACGACCAUUCGAAUGCUGGGAGGACUGCUGAGCGCGCACUACUUGAGCACACAGUUCGAUGGCAAGUAUGCAUCCGUGGAUGAUCACCUCAGCGACGAUUUGUAUGUCGAAAAGGCCACGGACCUUGCAGAUCGAUUGCUGGGAGCGUAUGAAAGCAAAUCUGGCGUGCCGUUCGCAAGUGUGAAUUUGGCGAGGCACAAGGGGAUCCCCUCACAUGCCGACGCAGGUGCUUCUUCCACGGCGGAGGCCACGACUUUGCAGCUGGAGAUGAAGUAUCUUUCGAAGCUGACUGGCGAGACGCACUACUGGGAGCACACAGAACGUGUCAUGCGCGUGGUGGAUGACAAUCAAGCCGAAGAUGGAUUGGUGCCCAUCUUCAUCUAUGCAGACAAAGGGACCUUCCGAGGACAGAACAUACGACUUGGCAGUCGAGGCGACAGCUACUACGAGUAUCUGAUCAAGCAGUACUUGCAAACGUCGGCGGAAGAGCCGAUUUACCAGGAAAUGUGGAAUGAAACUCUGGCAGGCGUGAAGAAGAAUCUCAUCACCUACAGUUCCCCCAACAAUUUCACAUUGAUCGCUGAGCGACCCAGUGGUCUGCACAAAAGUCUGGAAGCAAAGCAGGAUCAUCUCGUCUGCUUCAUGGGCGGCACGAUCGCGCUCGCCACCACAGGUGGCCUCCCCCUGGCCCAAGCCAAGAAGCAGCCCAACUGGACCGAAAAGCAAGACGAAGAUAUGCGACUCGCUCAUGAGCUCACCAAAACGUGCAUGGGCAUGUAUCACACUACGACUGGACUGGCGCCCGAGAUUGCACACUUCAACAUCCACGAUCCACCCCUCAUGUAUAACGACUUCAAGCCGAACGAGCUCCCACAGAGUCCGCCAGAUUUUGUCAAAUGUGCAGACCCGAAGUGUAGCUCCACAGUCGAUCUGGUGCGCGAGGACUACGUCUUCAAGCCUGCGGACAAGCACAACCUGCAACGACCCGAAACAGUCGAGAGCUUAUUUUACAUGUGGCGCAUCACUGGUGAUGAGCAGUAUCGUAUUUGGGGCUGGGAGAUGUUCCAGGCUUUCAUCAAGCACUCCGCGGUGCCGGACGGCGAGGGCUUCUCGAGCAUCUCCAACGUGGAAGAAGAUCCUGUCCACUUUCGAGAUAAUAUGGAGUCGUUCUGGCUGGCCGAAACGCUCAAAUACUUUUACCUCCUCUUCUCCAGCAACGACAUCUUACCACUCACCGAUGUGGUCUUCAAUACCGAAGCUCAUCCUUUUCCCAAAUUUCAACUCGGGAAGCUGUUCAAGACUGGUUGGCAGCGAAAGAAGGAUCGAUCCAAGGAGGACAGUCAGAAACUAGAAGAAGCGAAGAAGCAGAACGAUGUAGUGCACGAUGGAUUUGAGCCUGAAGUGAAGGUCAUCAAGGUCACCAAGACGAUGGAGACGGAAGUUGCACAGGAGACGAAGAUGGCGGAGGUGCCGGCAGCGGAACAACAGAAACAGGUUGUUGUGGAUGAAACAAGGAAGCCUGGUGAGAGAGAGCCGAGUGAUGUGUAAGAUACCUAGGAAGAGAGAGAGAGAGAGUGUGUGUGUGUGUGUGUGUGUGUGGGCGCACCGUGUAGGACAAAGGAUGAGAUGGAUCAGCUGCCGGUUGUCGUUGUUGUUGUUGUUGUAAGUCUAAAAUCACAGCUUCCCUCGCAAAAGCUUUCGUCUUCCGAGCACCUGUACAAGAUAGAUACAUGUACCUUACGAUACCUACUUUCUUUUUCGCGUGACACAUGGUGUGAAAAAACCAUGGUUCCACAAAAGCCUCAAAACUCUCUCUCUCAAUCGGAGAAUUACCCGAC